UUUUUAGCUUUUGCUAAUUAGCAUGGUUAAGCUUGUUUCAUCUAGGUUAGCGUUAGCUAACGCCAAGCGUUUUAACGACAACUAGUGUUGCACAUGAGUUUGCUGUUUCAGGGCUGCAGCCACAAUCCCUACCGUCCUCGACUCUGCUACAAAAUCCAGUUUAAAUGUGGCGGUUUGCAUCGUUUGUGAAGUGACGACGUGGGAGGCGCAGCACGUAGCCAAGUGAAGUUAAUGUUGCAGGGCAACAGUAUAAGCAUCGGCUUUAGAGUAACAGACACCCAGGUUCUUUCUUUCCACGUGGUAAAAAGUAGAUGUCGUACUAAAAACGGUGAAUUAAAAAUUUUCCCAACAUCAACAACUUGAAUAAUCCCCGGUAGUUACGUUAGCAUACCAUUUGUACAGUCAGUUGCCAUGGUAACAUGCCACAAGCUAUAACGCUAAUACGUUCAUAUAAACAGCGCUGAGUAACGACAGCCAGUAACGACGAUUUUGUGCAUGGGAUGGGGCAGCCGCCUGUGGUGAUCCUCCAAUACCAGAUGAAUGGCAGGUAGUGACGGUGCAAAAGCAAUGUUGUGCUGCCGUGUACAAUGAAGAAGAUAUUCAGCUUUACUAAGAAAAAGAAACACCCGUCUGGUACACCUGACAGUGGUAGUGUGCUUUCUGUUGGCUAUGAGCUAAAAGACAAGGACCUUGGGAAGGUUCACAAAGCUGCGGCUGCUGGCGAUUUGGCAAAGUUGAAGCAGCUUUCUAAAAAGAAUGAUAUCAAUCAACUUGACAAGGAGAACAGAACUGCACUUCAUAUUGCCUGCGCCAGUGGACAUGUUGAGGUGGUGCAAUUCCUCCUUGAGAGCAAAGCCAAGCUUAACCUAUGUGACAAUCAAAACAGAUCCGCCUUAAUGAAGGCAGUGCAGUGCCAGCAUGAACGCUGUGUGAACAUACUGCUGGAGAAUCAUGCCGAUCCUAAUCUGGUGGACAUCAAUGGCAAUACAGCCCUACAUUUAGCAGCAAACAUCCCAUCCAUUUCAACUGCAGCCUUGCUGCUGGAGCAUGAGGCUGACAUCAAUGCACAAAAUAAGGAGGCAUUCACUCCUUUGACUGUGGCAGUCCGUGAGGACCACAUCGAGAUGGCUGCUUUCCUCCUCAAGGAGGGUGCCAGUGUGAAUUUUGUGGACCAGGAUCAAAGGUCCCCAUUAAUGAUAGCUGCUGCUAAUGGACAAAUCGGUAUGUUACGACUGCUGUUGCGGUUUGACGCAGAUAUCACACUAAAGGAUACCAAAGGAUGGUCAGCUGAUGACUACGCAGUGAUGAAUGGGCAUCAUCCCUGUUCUCUCCUGAUCAUUGAGCACAGUACCCAGAGGAACGAUGGGCAAUCCCUAUCAUAUCAAGGUCCAAGCAAAAAGAAGCAAAAAAUGCUGUUAGGCAGUCCUUCCCAAGACAUUGAAGCAGGCUUCUCUCUGGGAGGACCAGCUACUGACAAAGAUGAGCAUGGAGCAAAUGAAGCAGGGAGAGACUUUGAGGACAAUUCUCACUCAGAGUCACUAAGUCGUGUUUCAAAAAGUGCUGCAGAUGAAUGGCCUUCAUCAGAAGAUGAUGAUGAAUCAGUUUUAAUCGAAAAGAAACCACACAAGGUGAACCUAAGGAAAAUGAUUGCAUCUAAAAGGGGAGAAGCUUCUGAACUGCCUGACAGAUCCUUGAGUGGUACAGAAUCUGAACCAGAGAGUGAUAAUAGAGUCCAGAGAAUCCCAUCCCUCCCAAAGGCUUUACCAUCCAGCAAAGCUCUGCAGCACCCAGUAGAUCCCUCUCCCAUUUCCUUCCUCUCAAGAGCUCCCCAGAUGACUUCUACCCCUCUUUCAAGCUACGCAAAGGAAGAAAAUUCCACUGGGGAUGAGGAUGACGAUGAUGAUAAAGAGGAGAGAGGUGAUGAGGAGGACCAAGGGGAGGAAGAAGACAUCUCCGAGGGAAAUGAUCAACCUGAAGAGAGCAGAGAGUCCCUUGACGCCACCUCAUCUGCUCCUGAGACAGAAGUCUCUAAAAAUAAGAAAAGAGAUUUCCUGUCCGAGCUGGGUCUUGAGAAGGGAGAGGAAGAGUCAGAUUCUUGGGACUCUGAGUCCCACUCUGAAAACCUCAAUAUGCCACAUGAAGAGAAACAAAGCUUGCAAACUCAGGAUCAAGAAGAAAUAUCCGCUGCUGAAGAGGAGACUAAACAAAACUUGUUUUAUAUUCCCUCUUUUUUAAGAGGGGAAGGAGGGAAUAGGAUGGCAGUGCUAGAGCCUCGGAGGCAGCCAAGAGGCAGCCAGGGAGAGGGUGGAAACAGCAAUAAUGGUGACAAGGGAGGCGAACACGUUGAUAAAAAUGAUACUAAACAGAAAGAGACUGAGAAGGCAAAAUGGGAACCACUUAGUGUUUUGAGCAAACUCGAUGGAGAUAAAGCCCAAAAAACAGAUUUAAUGGAAGAGCUUGGUCUGGGUGAUGUUGAUGAUCUUGAAGAUGCAUCUGACUGGGACUCGGCCAGUACUACCAGUAAGAUGACCCUGCCUGGGCGCAGAAUGGUCUCCCCUGGACUUGGGGAGUUCCCAGAAAGCCCCAGUCAGUCUGUUAAAGAGCAGGUUGAAGACAUUGCUCCAGAAGCUCCCCUGACACCUCAGAGGAGCAGCACUAACUCUGUUAAGAGUCUACCCAGCUCACCCCCCCAACCUGUACCCCAACCUCAACCCCAGCCUCGAGCAAGGAAGAUGGUGCCUCAGAAGCCAGAGAGUGAAGAAGAAUCAGACUGGGAACCGGACAAUGUGACACCUUCAUCCAGCACUGCCAAAAGUGACACUCAGGUGCAGAAGGUAGCUGAACUUCAGGCAAUGAUUAGACCAGGUUCCCCUGAACUAUCACCCAUGGCAAGAGACAGUAAAAGUAACCUAGAAUCUGACAAGCAGCAACAAAAGGAGAAAAAUGAUGCAGUAGAUACAUGUGAGUUAGGUCCAAAUAACCCGUGCACAUCUGACCACGUGUGCUCUGACAGUGGAGAAGAAUAUGAAUUGAGAGAUCAGUCCAGUCUUGAAGAAAGAGGUGAAGCAGGUGGUGAUAUCCCAUGGGAGAAACGUUAUGAGAAGCUUUGGGUAGAGGUGGAGAAAAGGGAGGUAAAAUCCACCUUCAGGAAUGUCGCUGGUGAGUUAAAAGAGAGGUUUGGAGAACUGCUUAAGUCAAGAUGUCCCGCAGAAGACGUCACAGAAGAACAGGCUGUAGCUGAAUCUACUUCUGCAUCAGAAGAGUCAAGUGAUGACGAAGAAGGGGAAGUCAUUGUGCGCCCCACAGCCAGAGCGAGGAGUACUGUCCUUCUCACCAUACCUGAACAGAGGGAGUCUGGACUCGAAGACUCUGUGACAGAAUCAACUGACAAAUCCGUAUGUGAGGAGGGAAUGCAGCUCUGCGAACGUCCAGCCAGCGAGAGCAGCAUGUGUCGAGAGCCAGAUCUGCUCACUGAUGAGGAGUGCAGGUCACCACAUCUUACCACAGCACAGAAAGACGACAGUAUAGAUCACGUUACCUCAGCUUUUACUAAUGAGUAUACCAUACCAGCCGUGUCUGAUGUUGACACAUUGUUUAAAGAUGAGGCCAAACUUGGGCCGUUCCAAAAACCGCAUCUGGUGCUUAUCUUGAAGGACAAUGCUGUUAAUCUAGAUGAAGCUGAGAAGAACCAGACGAGGUCAGAGAAUGAUGCUGAGGAAUUCGCCUUGUCUUGCCCCCCCUCAAUAAGCAAACAUUCAGCAUCUGUCCGAGGUGUUUCUGAUGAAGAGCUGGAAGAGGACAUGGAAAGGUUUAAACUUGAGGCUGGCAAAGAGACGACAAAGACUGCAAUGGAGGUGCAAAGGUGCAAAUCCAGUGCUUCUUGGGAUACUGGUGGACCAGCAUUCGAAGAAGUGAAUACUGAGAAACCUGAGACCAGGCUAGGAUCUAGUCAAGCUAGACCAAUUCACCAGAAACAGUCAUCUGUGGCCACUAAUAGCACCAACGAGGCACCAGUGCAAUUGCAUCUUCCACUCCAGCAGACCUACAAUAGCAACAGACAUGAGGGGCAAGCUGUACAGGAGGCCUUACAGCUGGAGCUGGUCAGGGGGGCCCAGCGCAGCAGAGCCCCUCAGACCAACACCCAUGUUAAUGGGGAUCCUCUGUCCGUGUUUGACGAUAGCACUUUAAGUGACGUGUCGGAUGAUGAUGGAAGAUUGUCAGCCAGUGGACAGCAGAAAAAUGAGAACCCUGAAGAAGUGGAGAUGGCAGACGACUUUGAUGAACUCACUCAGUCUUCGGACACGGCCACAGAUGACAUCGACUCUCCCACUUCAGGCUAUCGCCACGCAUCCCUCCUCAUUCAGAAACUGGACUCAGCCACUUUGGACUCGAGAAGCAUGGUGAAGCUGCAGAACAUUUUCCACGAAUAUGAGCGCACCAUUCAGAAGGCAAGGAGCCGCCACGGGUACCUGGCAGACAAGGUGAGCCAGCUUGAAAUGGAGAGGGCAGAGUUGAAGAGCUCUCUGGAGGAAGUUAAAGACCUUAAGUCUGGCUUGGAACGCAACCAGCUGGAACUGCAAACUGAAGUCACAAACCUCAAAUUUCAGCUGAAACAGGAACAGGAAAAUCGCCGUAAUGCCACCAUGAUGUACAACACCACCAGAGAUAAGCUGAGGAGGACGGAGGAGCAGCAGCAGUUAGAGGUUCAGGAGAGACAGAAGGUGGAGCUCACCCUCAGGAAUCUGGAGCUGGAGAUGAGAACACUGGUCAACAACAUGAAACAGCUUGAAGAGGACCACAGUGAGACCCAGAGACUGCUGGCUCAGGAACGCAGUGCUCGGACACUGCAAGAGAAUCUGCUUAACAGCCAUCUCCGUAAGCAGCAAGAGAUCGAGGAUGAGAACAAGAGAAACAUGAGCAGAAGCAGUGAGGCCUUGGCUCAGCUCACUGAGGCCAGUGACAGGGAGAGGGAGCUGCUCCAGCAGACUGCUACCUUACAGGAGCAGCUGACCAUCUUAAGAACAGACCUCGAGCGUUCGCAGGCCAACAGCAGUCUCAGAGAGAGCCACCUUUUGGAGGAGAACGAGGCCCUCAAGGAACAGCUAGAGGAUGCUCGGAGAGAUCUCAAACUCAACAGUGAAGCCCUGACACAAACAGUAUUCAACUGCAAUAACCAGGUGACCACCCUGAAGUCUGAGUUGGCUAUCGCAACAACCCGCCUGGAAAAUGAGCGGCAGACUCGUGAAACACUGGAGACCGAGGUCGAGUCCACUCGUACCCGCCUGGCUGGAGCCGUGAAGGAGGCUGAGCUUGGUCUUGCAGCCCACACAGACACAGAGAGAGCUCUGCUCCGCGAGAAAGAUGAACACCAGCGCCUUAAAGACAGACUCGCAGGCGACACAGCCAGUCAGCGUGAGGCAAUCAACAGCCUGUCCCAGAAGCUGGCCAAGGCAGAAGCUCAUGCAAACAGCAUGGAGAAUGAAGUUCAUCGGGUCACACUGCAGCUGACAGAGAAAGGCUUAUUGUUGGAGGUCCUACAGCGGGAGAAGGACCAGGCAGGUGUCCGUAUCAAGGAGCUAGAAACGACUCUGCAUGCCGAAAGGGAGCUGGUCAGACGGGCCGGAGCGCGCCAGGAGGCCGCACAGGAGAGGCUAGCUCAAGCCCAGAGUGAGGGCAUGUUACUACGGCAACAACUAGAAGAAGCUCAGAACAAAGGUGUUGCAAAAGAGCGUGCUGUGACAGAUGCCCAAGAGCGCUUCAGUGACAUCUUGUCUAAGCUGCGAUCUGAUUGUGAAGAGAGAGUACAGCUUGUGGAGGAGAGAAAUAAGGAGCUCGCCGGUAAGGCUGCCGAUCUCCGAGAUCAGAUAUACAAGUUGGAGGAAGAGAAGAACGAAAGAGAGACUAGUCUGAGGCAGCUGCAGCAGGAGCUCGCUGACUCACUCAAGAAGCUGUCAAUGAGUGAAGCUUCUCUGGAGGUCAACACACGCUAUCGCAGUGACUUGGAGGAAGAGAAGGCUCGGCUCCUCAAAGACUUGGACAGGCUCAAAGGAAAGCUGGAGGAAAGCGAAGACCAGUAUGUUCAGGCUGAGAGACGUAUUAACAGUAUAAAGAACGUUCUGGAUGAAAAGGAAAAGGAACUGACAACUGCUGUUCAGAAACUUCAGCAGACACUGUCUGCCUCAGCAACCACUGAUACUACCAUCAAACAGCUAGAGGAAGCUGUGCAAAGGUUGGAGAUAGAGAAUGCCAGGCUGGAAGCUGCUGCAAAGCAACAAUCCAACAAAAUUGAGUCACUUCAAAAAGGAGCUCAGGAAGCUGCCAUGCUGUCUGACUGCUCACCCGGAGGAGGGGUCAGAGGUCAUUUGGAGGACUUGGUUACAAACCUCCAAAGCAGCAAGAUGACUUUGGAAGACCAGCUCAGUAGGGAGGUGCAGAAGCAAAGCAUGCUGUCUCACACAGCCCAGGACUCUCAGGCCUUGUGGGAGGAGGAGCUGAAGAGCCGUUCCAAGUUAGGACUGCGCCUGGCAGAGCUCGAAAAGGAAAAGGGAGAACUGAGUGCCCAGAUGGAAAUAGAAAAGAAAAAAGCCAAGAAAAUAGCGGAGCAGAAGAAGGCUGUAGACACCCGGUUGGAUCAAGAGAUGAAGAGAAACACAGAGCUUCAAAAAGAAAUGUACAGGUUCCGUACUUUAUUAAAGACUGCAAAGAAGAAACUGCGGGAUCAGGACACAGGUGGGACUGAAUUUGGCUCGCCUAUGAACAGUCUGCGGAUGGACCCUGGCAGACACAGCCAGGCCGAGGGUGCUUUGGGACGAAUGAAAGAUAAGGUGGACGAUCUGCAGAUGCAGCUGGAGAAGGAAGCGUCCCGUCGCAGCCAGCUAGAGAAGGUGAACGGGGAUCUCAAGGAUCAGCUGGCGUCUCUCAAGAGCUUGAGCCGCAGUAGUGACCAGCUGGAGAGGAGUAAGAGGCAGCUGGAGGAGGAGGUGCUGGAGCUGAGACGCCGAAUGGAGGCCUCUCAGCUGGAGCAGAGCCAGGUGGAGCAGUACCGCCGUGAUGCAGAGGACAGGGCCCGUCAGGAGAUCCAGCAGAAACUGGAGCAGGUCAACCUCUUCCUGCAGUCCCAGGCAGCAUCCCAAGAAGCAUUGGAUCAGAUUAAAGCAGCCAAUGAGGCCAACCUGCGUGCCCAGCUGGAGCAGAAGAUCCGGGAGAUGGAGGGGGAACUGGGCCGGGCCCGCACGUCCCAGCAGGACAGCCUCAACCAAAGAGACUCCACACGCACAGAACUGGAACGAUACCGGCAGCUCUACGCAGAGGAGCUGCGUCUCCGCAAGUCUCUUGCUGCCAAACUGGACAGGGCCAACAGUCGGCUCGCUGAAGCCAAUUCCAAAUUGCUCAACGAGCGCAGCAGGUCUCUGAUCACCAGCAGCAUCGGAAACGGUAGCCUUGGAGGGCCCUCACUGGAUGUGGGCGCUUUGGGUUCACCAGCACACUAUGGGGCCACACUGGGGCCCCUCAACAGGAGCCUAGGCCUGGGACUCUCCCUCCUCAGCCCUGUGACUGAGGGACAGAACAGCAGGGUUGAGGACUACCUAGCCAAGAUGCAGAGUGAGCUGGAUAGAAACAUAUCAAAGGAACUAAUGCACGCCACAGCAGAGCUGGAUGUUGCUUCAGCCCGUAUGUCCCCGGUGGGCUCUGCCUCGAGGGUGGAGCUGGACCCCGUCAGCAGGGCGACGCAGCAGUACUUAGAGGUACUAAAGAAGAACAACAUGAUCUGAAGAUCGCGGCUGUUCCAAGUCAGACGUUGUAUUUCAGCCAUCAAAAUACUGUAAAUCUGACCAACAAUAAAGCCAAAACCACCACUUAGUCAUAUAACAUCAAGAUUCUAACUUUGUGUAUAUUUACUCUCCCUUCUUAUAUGAAAGAAAGCAAACUUAAUGCACAUUGCACUUAACCACUCAGGAGCAAAGGGCACGAGUCAUAUGAAUAUAAAUAUAAAUACAGCAUCAUUGAGGGGUGCAUUUGGAGAAACCUCGAAAGUAUUAGUUCCUUCUAAUUCUAAUUCUGUUCAGUCUGUAUUUGUUUUGGGCCUAUUAGCACAGCAUAUAUAUAUCUCGUCGUGGUUUGGAUUUAUUUGUGAAUAUUGGUGUUGCAAAGUAUUCGAUGUACAGUAUGCGUCAUUAAUAAUUUUGCCAAGAUAUUACUUUUGGUACGUGCCAUCAAAUGGUGCAAUGUCCGUCUUGGUCUUUGCUUUGUUAGACUCAUUGGAAUAUUGUGUUUAUGAUUAUUGUAUUUAUUCUUUUUUUGAUAUGAUAUACUUGAACAAGACGAGCCGGAAUACCGUCUGGCUAUUGAAACAGGGUGACAACAUAUGUACAACUUAGAUCAUUUCAUUUUUUCGGUUGGCUUGUUUUUAGGGCCACUUUGAAAUCGCCCUUGAAAGUAACACACUAUAAACACCCUCUAUAAAGGAAAAUAUUUAUGACGCCUGUACAUUACAGAAGACUCUAAAGUUGUUAAUAAAAUUCUAGAAAACCCCUGAA